AUGAUGUUUGAAGAGGGUGCCCCUCCGUUGCCCCCUCUGAUGGGACCUCCUGCCCCACCGGCCAACUCUCCCCCUAUGGCACCAGUCAUACAGCCUUUGGAACCCAGGGACCCGCCUCCCCGUCGUCCGACUCCGAUGCCCUUGUUUAUCGGAGGCGUGGGAAUUUCAGACCCGGAGCCACCUCUACUGCCCCGCAUGCGUCCAGUUCCUACUCCGGCUAUCAGCCGGUUGCUAAGAAGCCUUGGUACAGUCGAAACACCCCAGCUUAAGGUACAAGAGGUCCAGGGGUGGACUGCGCAUGCGGAAUCCGAAGAAGAACCCAGUCCGGAGAACCAAGAAGAGGCUGCCUCAGCGGAAGACACCCCCAUGGAGCUCGAGUAUCCCUCGAGCCCGGAGCCUGAGCCUGAGCCCGAGCCCGUCACGGACGAGGCCACCAAGGAGGCUCCGAGUGCCGAAGAAGAAGCCGAAGGCCCACAGGCCCGCUACAACCUGCGCCCCCGUCCAGAGCCCCGAAAGAGCUAUUUCGAGAGCCCCAUCCUGCGCCCGCGCAAGAAACGAGCCCGCGCGAGCGUCAAGGACACAUUCGACCACCCGAAGCUAGCGCUACAGGUGGCCGAGCGCAUCGGGCUCGAGAACAUCUUGCUCGUCCCGGCCCGCUUGUGGACCAAGGACGAGCGUCGCUUCAUGCGACUCGUAAUCAAGUCGAUCCGCCGUGCCUUGAGCGGAAAGGUGGGGUAUGGAGAGGUAGUGCCGAUGUAUGGCCCAGGAGCAGUUGUAGGAGGCGGGAGCGACACCGAGUAG